AAUUGUAGUAAGAUGUUAACCAUGUACAAACCUAUUCGAGGAAUAACAGUUCUAUUAUGGAUUAAUACUAUAUUUAACAUAGUUUCAUCUCAAAAUUUACAGACAGUUAAUAUCCUCUUCAUAAAUGAUCGAACUAAUGAAGUGGCCGAAGAUACUCUGAAUGUGGCGUUAAAUUAUAUUCGAAGGAAUCCAAGGGUUGGAUUGAUGAUUGAUGGUUUAUAUUCUGUGAAAAUUGGCGGAGACGAUGCUUCGGCUAUAUUAGAAACACUUUGUGUAAACUAUAAUGCAUCAAUUCGCAACAAUAAACCACCACAUCUAGUCAUCGACACAACAAUUAAUGGGGUUGCAUCAGAAGCUGUGAAAUCAUUUACUGCGGCUUUAGCAUUACCUACUGUCAGCGCAUCAUAUGGACAAACUGGUGAUAUAAGACAAUGGAGAAAUUUAGACGGAGAACAACAAAAAUAUCUGAUACAAAUAAGUCCACCUGCAGACCUUAUACCAGAAAUAGUAAGAAGUAUUGUGGUAGCACAGAAUAUAACAAAUGCUGGCAUAAUGUUUGAUGAUACAUUUGUAAUGGAUCACAAGUAUAAGUCGUUACUACAAAAUAUUCCGACUAGACAUAUUAUAGCUGCUAUCGAUGACACUACCAGCAUUAAACUACACUUAACUAGAUUCCGUGAUGUAGAUAUUGUCAAUUUUUUUGUAUUGGGAAAAUUAUCAAUUAUUAAAUCUGUUUUGGACCACGCGAAUUCCAAUAAAUUAUUUGGUCGAAAAUAUGCAUGGCAUGUAAUCACACAGGAUAAAGGAUCACUGAAAUGUGGCUGUUCUAAUGCUACUAUUUUGUUCGUAAAACCUGAGCCGGAUGCUGGAAGUCGAGAAAAAUUAUCAAAUUUAAGGACUACAUAUGGUUUGACAUCAACUCCAGAACUGAAAGCAGCAUUUUACUUCGAUUUUUACUAUCGAUCCUUGUUAGCAAUCAGGUCAAUGAUGAAUAGUGGGGAAUGGCCAACUAAUGUAACUUACACUACAUGCGAUGAAUACAAUGAAGAGAAUCCACUUCCACGAAGAAAUGUCGAUUUAAGAAGAUAUUUAAAAGAUAUGACAGAACCGCCCUCCUAUGCACCAUUUUUAAUAGAUACAAAUGGACACAGUUAUGAAGAGUUUACAAUGAGACUAGAAAAAGUCACAGUAUUAAACAGUCAAUCAGUAAGCGCUGAAAACGUGGGUUCGUGGAAGGCGAGUCUCAAUUCACCGAUCAUUGUAAAAGAUGCCGCAAAUAUGACACAUUUUUCCGCCGUCACUGUAUACAGAGUAGUCACCGUGUUGCAAAAUCCGUUUAUGAUACAAGUUGAUGACGAAGAUGGUAAAGGUGUAAAAUUUAAAGGUUACUGUAUUGAUUUAAUCGAAGAAAUUAGAAAACUAAUUGGUUUCGAGUACGAAAUUUAUAUAGCCCCAGACAACAAUUUUGGUAAUAUGGACGAAAAUGGACAGUGGAACGGAAUGGUCAAAGAACUUGUCGAAAAGAGAGCUGAUAUUGCACUGGGCUCCCUGUCAGUUAUGGCCGAGAGAGAAAAUGUUGUUGAUUUUACGGUCCCUUAUUAUGAUUUAGUCGGAAUAACAAUUUUAAUGAAAAAACCACAAACGCCAACUUCGUUGUUUAAAUUUCUUACAGUUCUAGAAAACGAUGUAUGGAUGUGUAUACUUGGAGCUUACUUUUUCACCAGUUUUUUGAUGUGGGUAUUUGAUCGCUGGAGCCCAUAUAGUUACCAAAAUAACAGAAAUAAAUAUAAAGAUGACGAAGAAAAAAGAGAAUUCAACCUUAAAGAAUGUUUAUGGUUCUGUAUGACUUCUUUGACUCCACAGGGUGGAGGUGAAGCGCCUAAAAAUCUUUCCGGUAGACUGGUUGCUGCUACAUGGUGGCUUUUCGGAUUUAUAAUUAUAGCUUCUUAUACGGCUAAUUUGGCAGCUUUUUUAACAGUUUCUCGAUUGGACACUCCUGUAGAAUCAUUGGACGAUUUGUCUAAACAAUAUAAAAUACAAUACGCUCCAUUGAAUGGAUCAUCAGCAAUGACUUAUUUUCAAAGAAUGGCUGACAUCGAAACACGGUUUUAUGAAAUAUGGAAAGAUAUGAGUUUAAAUGACAGUCUGAGUGAAGUAGAGCGAGCGAAAUUAGCUGUUUGGGAUUAUCCAGUAAGUGACAAAUACACAAAAAUGUGGCAAGCAAUGAAAGAGGCUAAGCUACCAAACACUUUAGAAGAGGCGAUUGAAAGAGUUCAAAGUUCUAAAUCAUCUAGUGAAGGAUUCGCUUACUUAGGAGAUGCCACAGAUAUUAGGUAUCAAGUAAUGAUCGAUUGCCAUUUACAAAUGGUCGGAGAUGAGUUCUCUAGAAAACCAUAUGCUAUUGCUGUUCAACAAGGAUCUCCGUUGAAAGAUCAAUUCAACAACGCAAUUUUAUUAUUACUCAAUAAACGAAAAUUAGAAAAAUUGAAAGAGACGUGGUGGAAUCUGAACCCAGAAAGAAUACAAUGUGAAAAACAAGAUAAUCAAUCUGAUGGCAUCAGUAUCCAUAACAUAGGUGGAGUUUUUAUUGUUAUAUUUGUUGGAAUUGGAUUAGCUUGUUUCACACUAGCAUUUGAAUAUUGGUGGUAUAAAUAUAAAAAAAGCUCGAAAGUUGCAAACACGAUGAAUCCAAAACAAAUGACAAUGAAUAGAGGUGGUGAAUUUACAUAUCCAGUGGUACCGACGUUCAAUGCAAAUUCUGGAAUGAGAUCAAGAAGUAUUAUUCAUGGCUUUAGACAAUCUGUUGGUCAGUCUUCACCUAAACAAAAAUAAUGGAAUCAUGCAUAUGUUACUUACUAACCUACGGUCUACAGACAUUCAAUAUAAUGUUGUAAUAUAAUAACAAAGAACAAUAAAUUAAUAAUAGAAA